AUAAAUACACCCCUCAGCCCAACUCCUUCACAUUUUCAUAAGGUACUACAGCUUUACCUUUUUCAAAAUUCUUGGUGAGAUAACAAUGCUUCCAAGCUUCAGAAAUCCUUUCAAGGUUGAAGAAGACAUAAAGGGGAGCUCAAACGAGAGCUCAGUGAUUGUUGGAUUGAAAAUUCUCGUCCACAUUUCUUACGGAAAAUCUAACAUUGUUGUUAAUAAACCAGCCCUUCCACCAGUCUGCAAACCAACAGCUGAAUAUUCUUGUUUUCUCAAGUCAUGUCAUCUCUGCAACAAGAAGUUGAGUUUCCACAAAGAUGUUUACAUGAGGAGUGAUCAAGGAUUCUGCAGCAUUGAAUGCAGAAACAGGCAGAUUUAUUUGGAUGAUAUGAAGGACUUAGAAAACUCAACCAAACAAAUGUUUUCAUCAGCCAGGCACCAUUGUAGUGGUGAUGAUAGACGUGAGACUCAGCUUCUUCUCAAAGAGCUUCGUAAGAGACGCCAUAAUAACCAGCUUCAGUCUCAUAAAAUACGGUGGACUUUAGUUUCGUAGUUCUUAGGUAUGUACGGAUAAUGUAAAAGUGGAAGAAAAAAGUGAGAGUUUUAUGGGAUGUUUUAUUUUAUGGCGCUGGAUGUAGUAGUACAAUAUUAUAGAAGAUAAUGAUGAUGUUGUGGCAGAUUAUAUUUUGUAUGUUAUAAGAUAAGAAUAGCUUCAUAUUCGGACAAA